AUGCUACUGGCACUGGCGGCGGCGGCGCUCGCGUCCGCGUCGGCGGAGACCGAGGGGCACGUCUGUAUCAAGAGCGCCACCAACCUCGCUGAGCAUGUGGACAGCUGGCCCAAGAAGCCCGCGCCUGAGGCCUGGGUCAAGGUCGAGCUGGGCGGCCGCGUCCUGUGCAAGACUGAUGAGGGUUCCGUCUCUGCCUUUGCGCCGCUCGUGGUCGCCGUCAUCGCCGAGGAGGUCUUUGGCGUUUCCGACCUAGAGGUUGACGUCAGCUGCCUGACGGACGAUCAGCAGGCGAACAACGUGAAGGGGCUCGGGGACGCCAUUUUCUCCGUCUGCUGCGUCGGCUGGGGGCUGUGCUGCAUCGUCGUCUUCGGUUUCUACUACUUCUACCCCCGCGAGUCGCGGGCGCUCAACCCACACCUCGUCGCCCCCACGCGCAAAGUCUCUUCGGACGUCGACGGCGAGCUCUCGACAGAUGCAGUUGCACCGGCAGAGACGGCCAAGCCCCAGGCGGCGGGAUCGGGCGCGGGUGCGGAGGAGGCCAUUUAA